AUGUCCGCACCCGAGGUCAUCACGCCCCUAUCAGAGCCCCCCUGGCUCUCGGGCGCCCCCUCGCCAUACUACGACGACUCCCAUCGUCGCCUGCAAGCCGCCUGUCGCCAAUUCAUCGGCGACAACCUCAGCCGCCACGCGCUCGAGUGGGAGACCGCCGAAGAGGUGCCACCUCACGUCUUUGGCGUCUUCGCCGAGAACAACUACCUUAUUCCCGCGCUGCCCGCGCCCCUCCCCGUCGAAUGGCUCAAGCGCAUCGGCAUCACCAAGAUGCCGGGUGACGUCCCCGUCGAGCAGUGGACGUACAUCCACAGCAUGAUCUACGGGGACGAGAUGAGUCGCGCGGGUCUGGCCGGACCGGGCGCUGCCAUCACGACAGGCAUGGCGUUUGGCGUGCCCCCGCUGAUCCACUACGGCUCGCGCGAGCUGCAGGAGACAUACCUACCCGACCUUCUCACCGGGAAAAAGAGGACGUGUAUUGCCAUCACCGAGCCAGAAGCCGGCUCCGACGUGGCCAACAUUACAACGACCGCCGAGACCAGCAAGUGCGGGAAGUACUAUGUCGUGAAUGGCGUCAAGAAAUGGAUCACCAACGGCGUCAUGGCCGACUAUGCGACCAUGGCCGUGCGCACGGGCCCCGAGGGCUCGGGACCCCGCGGCAUCUCCCUUCUCCAUGUGCAUCUCAAGGAUCAAAAGGGCGUCUCACGUCGACGACUCAAGGUAGCAGGCCAGAUUUCCGCCGGUACUUCCUUCAUCGAGCUCGACGAUGUAUACGUGCCCAAGGCGAACUUGAUCGGCAAGGAAGGCGAGGGUAUGAAGUACAUUAUGACAAACUUCAACCACGAGCGGCUGUUCAUCUCCGUCGGUGUCACGAGACAGGCUCGCGUCGCGCUGGCGGCCGCGUUCGAGUACACCAUGAAGAGAGAGGCCUUUGGCAAGACGCUCAUGGACCAGCCCGUCGUGCGCCACCGUCUGGCCAAGGCUGCUGCCGUUCUCGAGGCCCAGCAGGCCUGGGUCGAGUCGUUUGCCUACCAGCUCUCGCAGAUGCCCAAGGCCCAGAGCGACAGGGAGCUCGGCGGACUGACGGCCCUGUGCAAGGCGAAUGCGGGCAUUGUGCUUGAUGAGUGUGCGAGGACGGCUGUGCUGCUGUUUGGUGGUAAUGGAUACACAAGGACCGGUCAAGGUGAAUUAGUCGAGAAGAUUUAUCGCGACGUCCCAGGGGCCAGGAUUCCGGGCGGUAGCGAGGAUGUCCUUCUUGACCUUGCGAUUCGACAACUGGUCAAGUUGUUUCAGGACAAGGUCAAGACAGCCAAGUCGGAAUCGAAGCUGUGA